ACCAUUUCUUUCUAUUCCCUCAAAUUCUCCACGACUCUCUUCUUUUUCGGUAUCUACUGCGUCUUUCCCUUUUCCCUUUGGUAUUUCAUUAUCCUUCUUGGAUUCUUUAACUUAAAAAAUAUAUAUAUAGUUUACCCAUUUGUGUUUCUUUAAAUAUAAAACAGAUUCUUCUUGAUUUUCCUUGCUUUUCUUGAUAUCCGCGUUCCUUUUAGUUUCAUCAUUCUUUUUCAGAGAGAACUGAGAAGGAAGAAGGGGUCUUUUUAAUUCCCGAAUGUACUGUAAUUGUUGAUGUCUUCGGCUGUUGGACUGGCUUCAACUUCCAAGAACAUGGGGUUUGACGAAAAUAAGGUUGAUGACAAAGAGGGCACCCCUGUUUCUGAAACCAAUGUAACAGGUUCGGAUCAUGUCGUCCCUGUGGUGGAGCCUGAAACUGAGGAUGAAGAUGAUGAAGAUUUAGAAGGGAAAAUCCAGCUGGGUCCUAAGUGCACUCUCAAAGAGCUAUCGGAGAAGGAUAAGGAGGAUGAGAGUUUGAGAAGGUGGAAAGAACAACUUCUUGGAAGUGUGGAUAUCAAUUCUGCAGAAGAAACUCUUGAUCCAGAAGUUCAGAUAUUGAGCCUGGCAAUAAAAUCCCCCGGUAGGCCUGAUAUUUUUCUUCUAGUCCCCGAGGCUGGAAACCCAAAAGGCCCGUGGUUUACAUUGAAAGAGGGAAGUCGAUACAGCCUUAAAUUCACUUUCCAGGUUAGCAACAACAUUGUGUCAGGCCUCAGGUACAGGAACACGGUUUGGAAAUCUGGCAUCAAAGUUGACAACACGAGAGAAAUGAUCGGAACUUUCUGUCCUCAAUCUGAGCCUUACACUCAUGAAAUGCCGGACGAGACAACCCCUUCUGGCAUCUUUGCGAGAGGAUCAUAUUCAGCUAAAACACAGUUCCUUGACGACGAUAACAGGUGCUACUUGGGGAUGACUUAUACAUUCGACAUCAGAAAAGAAUGGCAAUCCACAAAAAAUUGAGAAUGUUUGAAGUGUUGUUUCUUUGCCCACACCCCACCCCAAGAAUGUAUUCCAUCUUUUGUUUCGAGUUUAUGUCAAUCGUUGUGAUUUGCAUUGUGAAGAUGAUUGGGGGAAAAAAAAAAAAAGGAUUAUUGCAUAAUAUUGAUUAUUAAGACAAGGAAAAUUGGUAAUUGUAACAGUUAUUUUGGAGUGUAAUGCUAUUUUGCUAUACUGUUCUGUUUAAAA